UGUUUGUUUUGGACCGGAAGUGGUAAGCAGCAAUCGUGGAGUAAAAAUACUCUUGAAAACACAGAGAGAAGUCAAAAAGAGAGCAUAAAUGGAUACUGAAAUGGAGCAGAGUUCGAUAAAAGUGGAGCGUAUAUACUGUCUCUGGAACUGAGCUAGUUCAAGAGCAUGUCUACUAUUGUGCCUCACGUGCACCAGAAAGUUGGCUUCACCUGACAGGCUGACACUGUUAAUAAUGUACACAACUAAGAAUUUUCCUAUCAACCAACUGCCCUCUGUCAAAUUAUUUCUUUUGGUUUUUCCAAUUUACCAACCCCCUAAUGGUUCAGUUCUCAGAAACAAAAGAAGACCAGUCAAAGUCUAAAUCACUUGCUAGUUACCCCUACUUUGGUUCUCUUUCAGUAGUUUAAUACAGUAGGUGGAUAGUAUAUAAGACAAGUAUAUACUCUAAUUAUGACGUUAAUUCAAUUGGUUUAUUCAAUUUAAUGCAAUGACCUAUGUCUGUCUCUACUGUUAAGUUACCUCAGCAUGGUUGGCUAAUAAAUACACGCUCGUUUGGGGCAUAUACCCAAAAAUGUCACUUACUCGUAGACACAUAUAAAAAGAGUGUGCUAGUGGGUUUUUGCAGAUAAAAGAAAUUAACAUGACAAGUCUUUUGCCCAAUAAAAAGUUGCAAUCCUUUGGGAGUUGCCUCUAUUUCUAACUUAUUCUGCUCAAUGCUGUGAUAAAAAAAACUGUCUUUUUUGUUGCAUCUCUACACUAAAAUGGCUAACAACAAUGUGUAUUAUCACAAUGCUAGCAGUGCUCAUUUUUCUUUGACUGAUCCUGACCCUGAACCUGAUGAUAUUUCUGUUUUUCUUCGUCAUAUUCUCCGUCCUUCAUCUUCGUCUUCAUCUAAUUUUAUGGCAUUGAAGGGUAAUGAAAUGCAAUAUUCCUCAUCACUACCUCAAUUUAUGCCUAAAAAUCAACAUGCUAUGGGUAUAUCAAAUGGCGAGUUGUCUUCCAUGCUGAAUUCGUAUGGGGCUUAUAAUAUGCCUGCAAGUGCAACAAAUGUUUCUUCUUCAUCUGUUGGGACCAUGGACAACGACCCAGAUGAGUAUGAGUAUGAAUGUGAAAGUGAUGAGGGGGGUACAGAGGACUUUGGGGUGGAAGCUUCAGCACAACCACCACCAUCUCGCAACUCUUCCAAGAGAAGCAGAGCAGCUGAAGUGCACAAUAUGUCUGAAAAGAGGAGAAGAAGCAGGAUUAAUGAAAAGAUGAAAGCAUUGCAAAAACUUAUUCCAAAUUCAAACAAGACCGACAAGGCCUCAAUGCUUGAUGAAGCCAUUGAGUACCUCAAGCAGCUUCAGCUCCAAGUACAGAUGUUGACAAUGAGAAAUGGCAUGUAUCCUCUGGGCCUACCACGAGUGCUACAACAAAAUCAACUCUCCCUGCAAAAAAUGGGAUUGUGCAAGGGGAGUGGAUUCACAAAUGCUAAAGUGGCUGGGAAUUUCCAAGUAAACCAAGAUGCGUCGUUAAAUGCCAUUUUCAGUUCAGCUGAAAAGUAUAAAGAUACUAAGCUAACACCUGUGGCAACUAUGUCAAAUGUAAACCAUUCAGAAAAUGCUUUUGAGCCAGAGUCAUCGAUGAAUAUUCACGUUGAUCCUUUCCACCUCUUAAGAUCUACCAGCAAGGAAAUUUGGAGGGAAGAUUGCUUACCUCUAUAUGGAAUGAAUGAACGAACGUCCGAAUCUGCAUCAAUUGGAGCAAAUGUGGCAUUCCCAGUUCUCUUUGAUACUGAUGAAUCUAACCUGAAGAGAAACACUCUAGAGUCCUGCUUGCUUCAAUAUCAGUUUGGUGCUGGGAACGAGACCAAUAUGGAUUGCGAUCAACUUCUUGCCCCACUAUUGUAUAGUUCUAUUGUCAGUCACGUCGGAAGAAGUACAUCUGUUGACAUUAUCAAAAGCGAAAGCAGCAACUUCUGACAUUUUAGCCUGCAUCAUCCUGCUGGAUUUUGUUGAAGAAAUGUCAUCCAUCUUGCUGCUUACUGGCAUAGGAUAUUGUUUAAUGUAAGCUAUCUUAUGGGUUCAAAAGCCAUUGUAUUGACUGAAUCGCAUCUGACUUCUUGUAAGAUCAUUAUGCGGAGAAGUUGGAAUAUAAAUGUAAAGAUUGGACUAUUUUCAAUCUUUUUAAGAAACAAGAGUAGUACUACUAGGCAUAGAAUAUGCUUCUUGAAUACUCAUAUUCGUCCUACUAAUCUGAAGCUGGUAUGACAUGCUUCCAGGGGCGGAUUUAUAGUAAUUUAUUUAUAGAUAUUUAGUAGAUUUCUUCAUAUGUACACAAGAACCGGUAAAGUUAAUGGGUUCACGUGAGCCUGUAACCAACACUCAAGAUCCA